CUCUUCGUUCUCGUUUCGGACACUAGGGAGGAGAGCGAGAGGGAUAACUAUACCCAGUGUGGAGUUCGAAAAGACAAUAAGCUAAUAUUUUUGAACUUGACGUCUUUGAAACAGUUAUAAUUGAUUUAUAUGUAUGUACUUACCGCUUGAAUUUUCAUCUUUGUGGCUGUUAUAUGCAUAUUGAAAAUGUACGGGUUCUAGAGGGGUCCAAAGGUAUCAAAAUUACAAUUUUUGCACAUUUUGUCUCCUGUCAAAAAAAAAAAAAAAAAAAUGCCCUUUACUAGUUAACAGUAGGUACCUAAAAUAGUGUUUAUCAUCAUAUUACUAGUAAGCAGCAAGCGUCAUCCGCCAAAAAGUUAUUGGGUUCGUCUUCUAAUAGGCCUAAUUAAAUGUCAGUAAUUCUCAGAAAAAAUUAGUAAACAAAACUGUGAUGAGGUUGAAUUGCAAGCAAGUGGUUACCUAACUAUUUAUUAGUCAGAUAAGUACAUAUCCUCCACUCACAAUUCUUUGUACAGCAGCAGAAGAAAAAAAUGUAUAAAAUUACGACUUUUGCGAUCAGCUUAUUGAUUGCCUGCGUUGCGGUAAUUCCAGUGAUCGAAAUCCAUAGUAGAACAGUCUACAAAGAUGAAAACAACAAAGAUCGCCUUACAGAAAAGACCAGGCGUUGGUUUGGAAACUGCAGCGAGUUUACUGGAGACUGGUUCUACCCUAGUUUUGUAUGUGUAGAGAAAUUUCCAAAUGGAACAAUUUCACGAUUUGCAAAUGCAACAGCGGUAUAUCGAGAUGGACGCUUAUAUGAUCUUACAAAAAAUGAAACAAUAAUACGUAUGACAGGGGUGAUUGCAAAAUUGCAAAAUAAACGAGCUUUGUACAAAAAAUUUAUUCGGGAUUUACUCAAAAGACCGUUUACAACACCGCGUUAUAUGUAAAACCAUAUCCAUGCUUGAAAACUUUCUUGGGUGAGAAGACUUUACCCUAUUUUUCAUUUCAUUUCAUUACAUUUAAAUUGUAGGUAGGUAUAGGUAUGCCAUUUGAUUAUAGUUAUUAUAGCGUAUAAUCUUAAUCCAAUUUAAUUACAUACUACCUAUGCUGUUUCUAAAAAUUACUACACAUAGUUCUGAUUGUUGAUAAUAUUAUAGUAAAGCGUUUUGCUGACAUGUAAGAUCGUUGGAAAUAAAAUAUAUCUCAUCGUAAGUAAAUAAA